GGUCACCCGGGCGUGGGUGGGGAGGGACACACACCAUCCCAGCCGCAUGUUCCCCGGGGUGCUCCGACACCCAGGCAGCACGACAGCACUCUGUGUCCCACGGCCGCUUUGGCAGGAACAUGACGGAUCCCCGGGUGUGUGCUGGACAGAGGAAGCCCAGCCUGUCCUUCUCCAUUGAGGAAAUCUUAAAGAAACCUUCUGCCAGCCCUGCCCUGAACAGUGAAACCGGGAACAGAAAUAGCUACGCUGAGAGACCUCCGUCCCUAAAAGCAGGGUCACCGGUGGCCUUUGACUCCACCAGCCAGAGUCAGUCUGACUGUGACUUACCUUCAGCCAAAAUGCUUCUUCGCACCACAUGUGCUACACCCAUGGCCAAAGCAAGGAGAGUGCAGGCAACUCACUGCAGAAGACCUAGUGCCAACCCAGUGUCCCUCCUGGGUGAGGACAGGGGACGUGAACAUCUGGAAGGCAAAAGAAAACAUGAGGAAGAGGAAGAUCAGCUAUGUGGUUUCCCAGUGGACCAUCCACUUCAUGCUGAGAGGAAAGGGAAACGAAGAAUCCGGACAACGUUCACAGCUGAGCAGCUCCAGGAACUGGAGAAAAUUUUUCAAGUGACUCACUACCCGGAUGUCCAUGUUCGCAAUCAACUGGCAGCAAAGAUAAACCUCCCAGAAGCCAGAGUUCAGAUCUGGUUCCAGAAUCAGCGAGCAAAGUGGAGGAAACAUGAAAAGUUCAGCAACUUUGGUGGCCUUCAGCACCUGACAGAAGUUGAUUUUGUUCCUGCUCCCAAGUCAGAUAUCACAGCACCUAGCUUGAUGCCAAGAAAGCUCUCUGCUUCCUUUCCUGCCAUUGGAUACUACUCACCACUGCAAGGACAGCUGACAACUGCCCGGCUGCCCAGCACGCUCUCCUUCGCUCCCCACCACAUGGAGCUGCUGCCCUUCCCAAAACCAUACUUGCUCUUCAAUGUCCUGCCCCCUUACGGCUCGCUGCUACCCCACAAGUUGGAAAGGAGCAGCAUCUGUGCCAGCUCCUCGUAG